AUGGGAAUCUGGAAUAACUAUGAAAAACACACUGAAAUAAUUGUGUUUGACUGGAACAAAAUUCUUGCAAAGUCCCCAAGGAUGAGAUUCUGUGCCAAAUCAAUGCCUCUCUCUGACUGGCUCUUUCUGGUCUAUGUGUUAAUGGUCUGCUGUAAAUUGUUGUCCGCCUCUGGCCACCAUCCCCGGGGGCACCCAGGCCAGCACCAAGUCAAGCAAGGGACAUGUGAAGUUGUGGCCGUGCAUCGCUGCUGCAAUAAGAACCGGAUUGAGGAACGGUCCCAGACAGUGAAGUGUUCCUGCUUCCCAGGGCAAGUGGCAGGGACAACAAGGGCUCAGCCCUCAUGUGUGGAAGCUUCCAUUGUCCUGCAGAAGUGGUGGUGUCAUAUGAACCCCUGUUUGGAUGGAGAGGACUGUAAAGUACUACCAGACUAUUCAGGUAACACGGUAGCACAGAGUAAAGCUCUGGGUCAGUACCAGAACAAUGGCAUGUGCAGCUUUGCUGGGCUGUUACACAGAGACCCUUGGACCUUUUUUUGGGAUGAUGCUAUUGACUUAACUCUUUGA